AUGAAGAUCACCAGCCGCGCGUUCGAGAAGAACGCCAAGGGUUGGAUAAAGUUCGUCCCCGAGAGCGCGGACGACGUGUGGCACGCGUAUAAUUUGAUCGCCGUCGACGACGAGGUCGAGUGCGCGACGAUGCGGAAGCUGAAGAACGAGCACGCGGGCGAGCUGAGGGAGUCGUCGAGCAAGGUGGUGAAGCUGACGCUGCGCGUGCGCUGCGAAGACGUGGAAUACGACGCGGAAGGCGCGACGAUCAGGGUCAAGGGACAGAAUAAAACGGAAUGCGAAGAGGUGAAACUGAACGCGUAUCACACGCUGGAGAUAGGGAUCGGGCGGGCGGUGAAGAUUGAAAAGACGGCGUGGGAUAGCGUGGACGUCGGGCGGUUAGAGGAGGCGGCGGAUCCGUCGGCGACGGCGGAUCUGGCCGCCGUGCUCAUCGUCGAUGGCUUAGCGAACGUAGUUUUAGUCGGAGCGACGCAGACGAUCGUGAAAGGGAAGAUCGAGGCGUCGAUGCCUCGAAAGCGAGGGAUGGCUUUGAUGGGAUACGAAAAGGCGGAGACGAAAUUUUUUAGCAACGUCGCGAGCGUCGUCGAGAGACACGUAGAUUUCGACAGGGUGAAGUGUUUGGUGAUCGCGGGACCGGGAUUCACGAAAGAUACGUUCACGGACUUUUUGAAGCUCGAAGCCGUGCGGAAGAACUGGAAGACGCUUCAAACAAAUUUCAGUCGCGUCAUCAAGGCGCACGCGUCGAGCGCGUACGUGCACUCACUGAGUGAAGUCUUGGAGAACCCCACGGUUCGAGCUUUGAUUUCCGAUACCAAAGCGGCGAGCGAAGUGAAAGCGCUCGAUGACUUCUUCGAAAUGCUCGCUAAUGAUCCCGCGCGCGCGUUUUACGGUCCCGCGCACGUCAUGGCGGCGCACGAGCUGAACGCCAUCGACAAGCUUUUGAUCACGGAUACGGUGUUUCGAACGCGCAACGUCGCGCAACGAAAAAUGUGGGUGCGCGUCACCGAAGAAGUCACGAAAUCUGGUGGAAUCGUGCACAUUUUUUCAUCCGCGCACGCGAGCGGGGAGCAGCUCGAGCAAAUCACGGGCGCGGCGGCGAUUUUGCGAUUUCCACUACCCGACCUCGCCGACGCCGAGUUGCCGGCGCUCUAG